AUGUACAUUGGCUCGGUGGAGCCUACAAAGGACAAUUUGUGGAUGGUUUCCGCUGAUUCUGCUGCUUUGGAGGGAGGUGAACGUGUACGGAUGAAGCAGCAGACGGUCGAGUACGUGCCUGCCUUGUACAAGAUUUUUGACGAGAUUAUCGUGAAUGCAGUGGACAAUAAAGUCCGUGACCCGUCGAUGCGACAUCUGGACGUAGUAAUUGAUCCUGGCUGCAAAGAGAAUGGGUACAGGUCGUGGAUUUCAAUUUACAAUGAUGGCAAAGGAAUUCCGGUGGAGUUCCACAAGACGGAGCAAGUCUAUGUGCCGGAAUUAGUGCUAGGUCAUUUACUGACGGGAUCGAACUUUGACGAUACGAACGCAAGGCUCACUGGUGGACGGCAUGGAUACGGUGCCAAGUUGACAAAUAUCUUUAGUGACGAGUUUGUCGUGGAGACAGGAGAUGUGUCGAUGGGGUUACGAUAUAAACAGGUCUGGCACAACAAUAUGCGCUGUCGCGGGGAACCGGAGAUUACGGAGUUUGUAGGCGAAAUCGCAAAGGAUUUUACGAAAGUGUCGUUUUCUCCCGAUCUGGAAAAGUUUGAGAUGGAGAAACUUAGUGUGAGUAUGGCGCGUGUACUAAAGAAACGGGUGUACGAUGUGGCUGGCUGCUUGACAGACGUGGAGGUUACGCUAAAUGGCAAGAAGGUGCCAAUUUCCGGCUUUGAGUCUUACAUUCAGGCUUUCUGUCGGUCCACUACGGCGGCGCCUGCUGUCAAGACUAAUAAGCCAAGCAGUGUAGUGAAUAGUAGCGGGGACGCAACAUCGUCUGGUCCAAACUACGUAUAUUCCCGUAUAAACAAACAUUGGGAAAUUGGCGUGCUGCCUUCUGACGUGGGCUUUGUUCAAGUUAGCUUUGUCAAUGGUAUGUCGGCACUUCGUGGCGGCUCCCAUGUUGGUUAUGUUAGUGACCAAAUUUGUCGCCGUGUUGUUGAGCGCGUGAACAAAAAGUACCCGGAGCUUUCUGUGAAUAUGGCACACGUGAAGCCACAUGUGGCGAUCUUCAUUAACUGCCAAAUCGAGAAUCCGACGUUCGACUCCCAAAUGAAAGAGUACAUGACCUCGCGGCCACAGACAUAUGGAUCAUCGUGCAUGCUGCCCGAAAGACUGCUCAAGCUUGUGUUGUUAGACUCUGGCAUUGUCGAGCGUGUCGUGCAAAGCGCACGUGCACGACAGCGAGCAGACCUUCUCAAAAAGGUGUCAUCCUCGCGCUCAAAAAGCACGUCGGUGAAUGUACCAAAGCUCGAGGAUGCCAACUUUGCUGGUGGACCUCGCUCUAGCGAAUGCUCGUUGAUUCUCACCGAAGGUGACUCAGCAAAGGCUCUAGCAGUGGCAGGUCUUGCAGUGGUUGGGCGCGACCGAUUUGGUGUUUUCCCUCUUCGAGGUAAACUCCUGAACGUGCGUGAUGCGUCAAUGGCUCAACUUGGUAAAAAUGCCGAGUUUGCGCACCUGUGCACAAUUCUCGGUCUUCGCAUGGACGAGCAUUAUGGCACGGAAGACGCACGGCUGAAAUUGCGCUACGGGCGUGUGAUCGUGAUGACAGAUCAGGAUCACGACGGCUCUCACAUCAAAGGCUUGCUGUUCAACUUGUUCCACACCUUUUGGCCGGAGCUGCUCGAAAAAGGUGGCUUUAUCAGCGAAUUCAUCACGCCUCUUUUGAAGGCGACUCCUUCGUCGAAGCGUACUGGUGCUAAGCAUGACCUGGAGACCCGCCGCUUCUUUAGCCUGCCGGAGUACUUUGAAUGGAAAGCUUCGUUGGAUCUGAGCAAGCUCAAGUAUUAUACUAUCAAGUACUACAAAGGUCUGGGUACAAGCACUAGCAGUGAAGGACGCGAGUACUUCAGCGACCUAGAUAAGCAUCUUGUGGAUUUUCAUUGGAGCGGUGACGGUGACGGCGAUGCGCUAGACAUGGUCUUUAGCAAAGCACGUGCUGUCGACCGCAAGGCUUGGUUAUUGAAUGAAUACUCUCCCGAUGCUUACCUCGACACGAGCUCGGGACAUGUGACGUACCGUGACUUCGUUAAUCGCGAGCUCAUUCAAUUUUCGCAUGCGGAUAACGCACGAUCGUUGCCAUCUGUGGUCGAUGGGCUCAAGAUUUCGCAGCGCAAAGUGCUUUUCGCUUGUAUGAAGCGCAAGCUGACCAGCGAAGUAAAGGUGGCGCAGCUGGCAGGCUACUGUAGUGAACACACAGCUUACCACCACGGUGAAGCUUCGUUGCAUUCGACGAUAGUGAAUAUGGCCCAAGAUUUCGUUGGCUCCAACAACCUCCCGCUGCUGUAUCCAUCCGGCCAAUUUGGUACUCGGUUGCAAGGAGGUAAGGAUGCAGCUAGUCCCCGGUAUAUCUUUACGCAACUUCAGAAGCACACUCGCUUGAUCUUUCCCGAGGAAGACGACGUGUUGCUCCGCUAUGCUGAUGAUGAUGGUUUCCCAGUUGAGCCCGUGUACUACGUUCCUAUCCUCCCGAUGCUAUUGGUGAACGGCGCAGAGGGUAUUGGUACCGGCUGGUCGUCGUCGAUUCCUUGUCACCACCCGGUGCAAGUGAUUGACAACUUGAUGAAGCUUAUCGAUGCAGAAGAAGCUGGCGAAGAUUUGUCAAAAGUCGAGCUAGCACCGAUGACUCCAUGGGCCAAAGGGUUUAGCGGUGACAUUCGUCAGACUGGCAAACACUCGUUUGUCUCACGUGGUAGCGUGCAACAGGUGAACACGUCCACGCUACGGGUUACAGAGCUGCCACUUAGCAAGUGGGUGGAGGACUACAAGAAGUUCUUGUGGGACCUCGUUGGCAAGAAAGCUAUUCGGUCUUUCUCUGAGCAUCACACGGAUCGUGAUGUUCGUUUUGACAUCUCGAUGGCCCGCUCGGACCUUGCUAAAUACGCCGACGACGCCGCUACUGACGAAAGCAACGGCGCUGAUGCUGGAGACAGUGAAGCACUAGUGAAGCUAUUGCGUCUGGAAUCGCCACUGAGUAUCAGCAAUAUGCACGCGUUCAAUGCUGACGGUCAGCUAAGUAAGUACGAGACGAGCGAGGACAUUUUGCGCGACUUUUACAGUGUCCGGCGCGAGCUGUACGCAAAGCGGAAGCAGUACCUCGAGCAGCAGCAACAGCAGGAGCUGGUGUACCUUCGCAACCGCAUCCGCUUUAUCCAAGAGGUCUCGUCCGGCAGUCUGCAGCAGAUUACCCAGGAGCGGUUACCGAAAGCUGCACUUCUUGCGCUCCUGAAGACGCACGGAUUUUUACCGGCAUCAUCUUUUCAGAAGAAAGUCUGUAUCGACGGUGUUGGUACGCUUGGAGUAAUACCCGCUGGCGGUGAUCAAGAUGAGGCAGCAGCGAUGGUCGACGAUUGCAAUGCAGAGGACGAAGAAGACUACGAUUAUCUACUCAACACGUCGCUCGUGAGCUUUACAAAAGAGGUGGCGGAUCGGUUGCAACAGGAGCAUGCGACGAAACACGCGCGAUUGCACGAAUUGCAGACAAUGACGCCGACUCAACUGUGGCGCAAGGAACUCGGUCGACUACGCGCUCUUUUACUGCGUGAUUCGGCGUUUCAAGUGUGA